AUGAUGAGGCAUCUAUUUCUUGUUCUUCUGUUGAUCCAUUUGAGUCUUGCACAGAAGGCCAAGGUUAAGCCACUGACGAAAAAAUGGCUGACACUAAAGGGUGAUGAACCUGUGGUAAUAGCUCGUGGAGGGUACUCGGGCCUUUUUCCUGAUUCCAGCGAAUAUGCGUAUAGGGUCGCCAAGGAUAACAGCUUGCCUGGUACCAUUUUGUUCUGUGAUUUACAGCUUACAAAAGAUAGCGUUGGGAUUUGCCAGACAGAACUGAGGCUGGACAAUUCAACAACUAUAAGAGAUGUCUUUCCGAAAGGGCAGAAAACUUACAAUGUAAAUGGACAAGAUAUGAGCAGCUGGUUUGCCUUGGAUUAUACAUCUGAUCAACUAUUCACAAAUGUGACUUUGAUACAAAACAUAUACUCUAGAACAAAUGUGUUCGAUGGUCUAUUCUCCCUGUGGACCCCUGAUAAUGUGGUUGCAGCUUGGCCUUCUUCAAAAAUUUGGUUGAAUGUUCAGUAUGGGAUGUUCUACAUCUAUCAUAAGCUCAGCCUGGCAAAAUAUGUUGAAGACUCUAUGAAAUUUAUUAAUCCGGAAUACAUUUCAUCUCCUGAGAUUGGUUUCUUGAAGACCAUUGGUGGCAAACUGAAGAAAUCCAAGAAAAAGCUCAUCUUCCGGUGCCUAGAGGCAGAUGCAUUUGAACCCACAACCAAGGAGAAAUAUGCCGAUGCUCAUAAACAAGGUCUUGAAGUAUAUGCUUCUGGCUUUGCAAAUGAUGGUAUGCUAAGUUACAAUUAUAGUUAUGAUCCAACAGUCGAGUAUCUGCAGUUUGUCGACAACUCCCAAUUCUCAGUUGAUGGGGUGCUUACAGAUUUCCCUUCCACUGCAUCAGAAGCCAUCGGUGAGAUUCACCCUCUUUCUCUACAUGUUAAACCUCAGACUGUUUUCUCGAUUGCAGCAUGCUUAGCCCGGAACAAGAAUGCUUCCAGGAUUAUGGAUGCUUUGAUCAUAUCUCACAAUGGAGCUAGUGGGGAUUACCCUGGCUGCACUGAUCUUGCCUAUCAGAAAGCCAUAGACGAUGGGGCCGACAUAAUUGAUUGUUCUGUUCAAAUGUCAAAAGAUGGAUUUGCCUUCUGCUUGGAGACAGCCGACCUUACGGGGAAAACUACUGCAGCAACUACUUUGAUGGAUCGAACUGCAACAGUCCCAGAAAUUCAGCCAAACUGGGGGAUUUUUCUCCUUUGA